AUGACGAGGCGCAUGCACUCUGGUCUUCGCACCCUGCUGGCCCUCCACUGUAAAGACAACCUUGGUCUUGUCGAGGGCCACCAGCGUGCCGGCGUCCUUGUGCGUCGACCCCGUGUCGGUAGGCCACACCACAACGCGGUCUCCCGCCUUCAGCCCCUCGCGGACCGCCACCGGAUCGCUCGCAUCAACGUCGCCGGCGCCCGCCGUCGCCGCGGCCGCGAUCCGUUUCGCCGCCUCCUCGCCAGAAACCUUGGGCGUCUUGGGGGCGCGCUUCUUCGCCGCCGCGACGGCCGCCUGGAAGCGCGCGAUCCACGCGUGGACCCGGGGGUAGCGCGCCUCGCCGAAGCGUUCGGGGCGUCAGCGCGCCGGGAAGCUCGUAGAGCCAGUGGAAACGGCCAAAACGGCCCUCAAUGGUCUGCCAGGGUCGGGCCGGCGCCAGGGACCGAAGAACCCACGCCCCGGCCCGUCCGUAAGGAGGUAUGUUCUUCCUAG